GCCCCCGGCUUCCAUGUCUGGAGUGGAGGGACGGCUCCGCGUCCUAGCCUUUAUGUGUACACAUUUUAGUAAAUAAACCGGGAACUGGGACCAGUAUCUGGAAGCAGCGGGACCAACGUCAGUCCGUGAUCAUCGUGGUGUGCUGUUUGGGUACUGGGUGGAACUGUAGCUCACAGUUUAUUCCCCAUUUUAACUUUACUGAGCGGCGUUUUCCGCCGUUUUUUUCUCUCCGCCGCCCCGUUCACUCUAACUCCCCCCCCUCCCCCCGCGUGAGAGUCGGGGCCUGUAGCAUUGGUUUGACCACGAGGAGCGUCGGUACAGCUGGAAUUCGGCGAUGGCGGAGUUCGGUAACGGACUGGCGGAGGAAUCCCUACUAGAUUCAGACCCCGGACACCCCGAACUGGAAGACCCGGGCGUCGGUGACGAAGAACCGGGGUUAGAAGAGGGAGAGGCCGCGAUCGAAGACCCGGAGCUGGAGGCAAUCAAAGCUCGGGUCAGAGAGAUGGAGGAGGAGGCAGAGAAGCUGAAGGAGCUGCAGAACGAGGUGGAGAAACAGAUGAAUCUCAGCCCCCCACCAGUCGGCCCUGUCAUCAUGUCCAUCGAGGAGAAGAUGGAAGCAGAUGGCAGAUCUAUAUAUGUUGGAAAUGUGGACUAUGGUGCCACAGCAGAAGAGCUUGAGGCUCACUUUCAUGGCUGCGGUUCAGUAAACAGAGUCACCAUCCUGUGUGACAAAUACACAGGGCAUCCCAAGGGGUUUGCCUACAUUGAGUUUGCAGACAAAGAGUCUGUGAGGACAGCCAUGGCUUUGGAUGAAUCCCUUUUCAGAGGAAGGCAGAUAAAGGUGGGCGCUAAAAGAACAAACAGACCAGGUAUCAGCACCACAGACCGCGGUUUUCCACGGGCUCGCUUCCGAUCACGGGGAGGAAGCUUCUCAUCGCGUGCACGCUACUACAGUGGCUACACACCACCCAGAGGCAGAGGACGGGCCUUCAGGGGCCGAGGGCGAACAACAUCGUGGUAUUCCCCUUACUAAACACCCCCCUCCCUCCCCAACACUCCCUUACUAUCAACCCUCUCCCCCUCUCUGUUCCCAUUCAAAAAAAAACACACACACACACACACACACACACACACACACACACACACACAAUGAAAAAAGUUUCCCCCUCCCCAACAUUAAAAGAAGAGACCCCCAGAAGAGAGAAAAAAGACAAAACAGGAAACCCUGUGGUGGACAGAGACUGACUGCCGCAGUGUGCGAUUGUGUGUGAGCGUGCGUGUGCCGAGGGUGAUGCGGUCAGCCCUGGUAAGGUAUCAGUUGGCCACUAGGGGAGAACAAGGUGGCAGACUUCUUUAUUGGUUUUUUUGGUUUUGGGGGGAGGGGGGGGGUAUGAUGGUAUCUCAGGCUGCAGAUGUGUCUCCUUUUGGUCUGGCUGUGACCUCCUGCUUUCACACCAUCACAGCCCACCCACUCACCCUCCACCACCACCAAAACAAGAAAAUAAACGUGUGGGGGUGGGGGGCAGCAAUGAGAAGAUAGUGUGUUCAUUUUAGUUUUAAAUGUACUGUACAUGUGAAUCUUCCACCAGCCACAGUGUUGUGUUUUCAGUUUGGAGUAUAUCAUUACCCUCCCACCUCAACCCCUUCUACCCACUGUCACCCCUCACAUCUACCCUUCAAUUAAUAAGCCAUGCUCUCCACCCCCACCCCUUGGCUCAUCACACCACAGAUUGUUUUUCUCUGGACAGUGAUGGACCUGCAGUGUUAGUGGGGCUGUACAUGCAUCUUUUUUUUUUUUUCUUUCUUGUGGGUGGGGUUUGUCGUUGUUGCUCCCCCCACCCCCCCAAGCUCAGCAUGGCCACAGCUCAUUUUAUUCUUUUGACAGGCAUCAGUGUUUUUAUUUUGUGCUACCCCACCACUCCCUCUCCCUCUGUGCUCCUUGUCUCCUGCCCCCUCCCCCCUCCUCUCUCUGUAUAUUAGACCACUUCUUGUCGUUUCAGGUUUCAGGACCAGUGGAGGCUGACGACCCCUCCCCAGGUGGCACCGGCCCCCCCCACUGUCUCUGCAGCGUCUCUCUCUCUCUCUGCUCCCACUAUGCACACUCACCCCAUUCUGUCCGUGUGGGGGGGCGGGGGUGGGGGA